UGACAUUGCAUUACAUGAAAUUUGGUAAAUGGCGCAUUUGCGACUGGAAUUAAUAACAUUUUUCUUAGUAGUGAAUGUGGUAUUUGCAGUACCCCCAAAAUAUUACAUGGAUUCAAUAUGUGGGGAAACGCUUACAAUAAGUGGCCUUCCGUCCAUUCGUCUAGAACUGACCAGGUACAGCAGGUAUAAAAAUAAUAUGGACUGUACCCUCACAGUGAAAAAUACUCCCUCCUCUACCACCACCACCAAGAAUCGGAUCAUGAUUGUAUUCAGAAAGCUGGAUAUCAAGGACUCCAAAUUUUAUGGCUGUGAUCCAGAUGGUGAUCAAUUGUACAUAUAUGAUGGACCUUCCACUUCGUCAUUCAAAGUAUCAGGCCUGGCUAAAAGUUACUGUGGGGAGAACAAGCCUAUAGGGGCGUACAUGUCCAGUGGGGAUUCAUUGACAUUUAGAUUUGUAUCUAACUCAUUGGUUGCUGACGAUGGGUUCAAACUCCUUUUAACACCAUUCCAUUCAGGUGCUUGCUAUGACUCAGAGUACCGAUGUGUCCGAGGACAGUGUAUAGCCGGAGGUAACAAAUGUGAUGGUUACCAACAGUGUGGUGAUUAUACAGAUGAGUGUGAGGUCACCAAGACGACAACCUGGAUAGCUGGUGUUGUCAUUGGCGUCAUCGCUGUUGUGGUUUUGAUUGGUGUCGCAGUCUUCUGUCUCAGAAAGCACUUCCAAAAUCGACAAAAUUCUAGAGAUGCUAACAAGUACACAGCACCCCCACAACAAACCUCAACCUCAACACCUUACUACCAACAGCCAGGGACAGCUCCUGGAUACUACCCACAACCUACAGCUCCACCUCUACAGGUUUACUCCCCUCAGGAUGCGACCUACCCCUCUCAGGACCCCCCACCCCCUUACCCUGGAGAGCAGCAGGGAUACACGCCACCGACUAAUCCGUACCCCUAUGGAGCUCCAACGAAACAGUAAAGAAAUGUUAACGAUAGUCCUCUCAGGGAGCUGUUUGUUAAAGACUUUAUCUUUCAAACAGUACUGAAUUUUAUUUGUUAUUGGUUAAUUACAAUUUUUUUAUUGUCACUUUAUGGGACAAGAAUUUUUUUUUGCUAGGUUGUUAGAAAUUUAUUGGUGCUAUUGUAGAUGUGGAAUAAGAUUUCCAAAUUUUUGUUUUCACCCUAGAGGUCAAAUCAGUGGGGAAAUGGGGCUGAAAAAGCGACAUUUUUUGUCUUUAUUUUUUCAAAAACCUCUGGUUUCCACAAAUUCUCUAAAAUUUUAAGCCAUUUCAGUUUUUGAGGUAUCUUACAGAUGUGCAAUCAGGUUUCACCCUCGUGACCAAGCAGGGGAAAAAAUGAAGUUUGGGUGAUUUAUUCCUCUUUUUUCUUAACAGAAAAAUAUUCUGUCUGAAACUCCUUUAAAAAAAACUUUUAAAAUCAAAUUUUACUUCAUUACAAUCUUUUAUUACAGACUGAUAAUAAAUUUAUUAUUGGAAAUAAGUCAAGCCUCGUUAUCUUGAACUCGAUGGCACUGACGAAAAAUGCAAGAUAUCCAAACUUUCGAGUUACUGAGGGUAAAAGUGGCUGGGACUUUCAAAUUACUUACACAAAUCCAUGGUAUUCAAUAUAUCGGUGUUCAAGAUACCGAAAUUCAACUGUACUAAUACUGUAGAUUCCUUAUUUUUCGCUAGUACUUAUUUUCGCGAAAUGGCUCUUUGACGUCAAAUUGCCAGAUCAAUAAUUCAUUCGCGAGUGGACGGUUGAUCAAGAGAUUUUACAUUGAUUUCAGCACCAUAAAUAUAAAAGCGAGUAAUUUUAUUUUGCGAUGGGGCUUCUCGCGUAAUUACAUGAUAAUUAAUUCCUCGGUUAUAUUUAGGAAGCUGUAGUAUAAGAGGCCCAUGGUCAUAUACUCUUCUGUGCAUUUUAUGCUCAGUCUGAUGCAUGUACAUGUAUAAAUAUUCUAUGUGAAAUAUAGAAUAAUGCGUGUGGUUUCCUUGCUACCUAGGUACAUAGGAGCUAGUGUACAUUUACAGGUUAACUCAUAUGUGUGGGCAUUACUGUCUUAUGACAGCAUCUAGUUUAUUUCAGUAUUUUAAUCUCAUUUACCAGUAUACUCUAUUCAAUUAUUGAUUUAUAAAUGAGACAACGUUAUUAUGGAUAUUGGUUACUGUUGUAUAUAAUCUUUCAAAAUACAAAUAUAUAUGAGAAUGAAAUUUUUGCGAGUCCAGGGUUUGAAAUUCACUAUAUACAACUCGCAAAACGCGAGUUAGAAUUCCCAAAUUGCGAGUUAAAAAUUAGGUAACUCGCAAAAACUUGCAAGUUAAUUUUUUUUUGGCAUUG